CUAACCGAAGUUUCUGUGACAAUGAGGACAAAACCAACGAGACGUGUCUGUGUUCUUCUGCCCAACAAACAGCACUUGGACUGCUCUGUCAGGAUGCGAGCCAGAGGCCAGGAGGUGAUGAACGCUGUGCUGCGUCAGCUCGGUGUCGGUGAUCUCCAAGUGUUUGGUCUGGCUCUUCUCAGAGAUAAUGAAUAUCUCUUUCUGGAUUUGGAGCAGAAGCUGAGCAAGUAUUUUGGUAAAAUAUGGAAGCAGAAAUCCUUAUCGGUUCCAUUCAUCUUAUUUUUGAGAGUGAAGUUUUAUUUGGAAAGUGGGCUUCUGAUAUUGAGCAGCAAGGUGCAGCAGCUUUACUACUGGGAGCUGAGGCAGAAAGUGUUGCAUUCCCAGAGCCGCCACCAGGAAGCUCUGUUUUUUCAGCUGGCAGCUUCCGCGCUUCAAGCUGAUGUUGGAGAUCUGAAGCGUCAAGAGGGAGGAGAAGAGAAACAAGAGAGUAUGCAAUACUUUCUUCCAGAAGAUUACUUUCCACCUUGGCUGAUAAAUCACAGAGGGAGAAACUUCCUUCUCCAACACAGUCCAGCUUUGCACGGUGAGCUGAGAGGGUUGCCACCCAGCCGGGCCAUCCUGCAAUAUUUGAAGGAGGCCAGCGGCCUGCAGGACGGAGCGCUGACUUUCUACAGGAUGAAAGAGGGAAAAAAGGAGCGGAGAAGUUCGAUCCUUCUCGGUGUGGCGUUGACUGGGGUCCACGUUUAUCAGGAGGUGGAAGGAAAGCAGUGUGCACUGUUUUUUUUUACCUGGUCCAAUAUUGAGCACUUUACCUUCCAGGGAAGCAGGUUUGAAAUUACAGCAGUGAGCUCUCUGGGCUUAUCAAAGCUUGUAUAUUACACCCACUCAGCCUUCCACUCAAAACACAUUCUGAGACACCUGAGCGACAGCCACCGCUUCUACCUCAACACCAAGGAUGCAGCCAGCUACAUCCAGCAGCUAGAAGACAUGCAAACCUGCCAACUCCACAAAGAGGCUUACAUUUGUGACAUGACAUGCUUAAGACAGAGACUCCGCUGCCGCAACCUCACUGCAUCAGAAUGCAGCGAUAUGGAGGAGACGCACACAACCUGGAACGAAGAUGAAACGUGGAAGGAGGAUGAAAGCCCUCCAUCAGAGGAUGAACCUGAAGAGCUAUUUGUUGAUGACCCAGCUGAGGUGUCCUGGCUGGCUGACCUCCUCUAUGGUGUGUCUGUGGAUGGACCAUUAGCAUUGCCCUCGUCUUACUGGGCAGCUGUAAACAUGGAAAUGAAACAGGUUCUGUCCCUCAGAGUGGAUGAAGGAGUGUCUGUGGACUGAUUUACGGUGAGAGGGGAUGGGGGAGGAGUUCAUCACAUGUUCUGCAGCUCAGGACAUUCUCAAUCAAAAUUUAUAAAGAUGUAAACAGAAAAGGGUGAAUCCAAACCUUUUUGCUGUCUAAGAACUUAAUUUCAGUAUGUCACCAAAACUGAAUAGCAUAUAAUGGCACAUAAAAACAAAAGUUUGAAAGUCCUGAAUGAAAGGGAGCAGAAAGAUGAAUAAUCUUAUGUUAUCUACCCCCUUUACCUAAAGCAAUAGAUUUACAAAAAAAUAAUCAACAACAACAAAACAAUAAGCAUCAAAAUGUACAUGACAAAAACAAUAGAUAAUAAUGAAAUUAAAUAUCUGUCCUGCAAAACUGAAAUACACAUUUUACUUUAGGCUGAUUUUCUGUAUAUUUAUGAAACAUAAAAUUUCACAUGAUUAUUAAUAAUUAGGCAUAACUGACUUAUUUACCCAACAUAGCAGCUUUUAUGAAUGCUAUCAUUGGAUUUAAAGCAGUUUGGUUUGCUCUUUAAAGAAGCUCCACUGCUGAUUUCAGGUCAUUUUAAGAUGCUUCAAACGGGCCAUGAUGCUGCUUGUUACGACCCUGUGAAAGUGUUCUAUUUGAAUGUAAACUAAAACCUACACAAUGCUAAUAAAAUGUUCUUUAUCCUUAGGUUUCAAAUCGCUCCAAUGCGUGUUGAUUCUGGAAAACCUAAGAUUUCAAAGUGUUUUGCAGAAGUAUUUAUACCCUUUGUACAUUUUCACAAUUUUUCAUGUUACAUUAACAAGCUUUAAAUGUGUAUUGUGAUUUUGUGUGAUGGCAAUAAAAAAUAACAGGUAAUUUUUGAUUGAAAGGAAAAUUACAAAUUGCUACCAGAUAUUAUAUGGAUUGUAUUUUUAUUCAGUUCCUCUCAGUCAAUGGUUUGUAGAACCACCUUUAGCUUACACCUCCACAUCUUUUGCUAUACGGUCAUGUUUAAUAAACUAGAAUAUGCAUUCCGAUGAAACUGGUUUGCCAGAUGAAAAAUACCUUGUGAAUUUUUUUUACAUUAAGCAAGUAUUCAACAUAGUUUUCAUUAAGCCCACGUUUAUAUAUCAAUUUGUUAUAUAUUGGUCUGGUGUAAUAUCCUAAUCUCACAUUUUCUGUUUUCAUUACUUGGUAGCAGAAAUCACAAUUCAUUGAAAUAAAGACUUGUAAACAUUCA